UGUAUUGAAUGCUGCAGCCAAACCCUUGCCAUCACAACUCAGAAAUAUUCAUAUUUGAAUUAUUUUUUGAUAAACACGGACAGUCCAAUUUCAGUCACCUCCUCAAUAUGCCCCGAUCGCAAUUGUACAUCUAAAUAAUCAAUUAGUCAUAUGCAGAGGGUUUUUGUUGAAUUGAAUCAGGUUUUGAUCCGAUCGAUUUGUGCAAAUAACUUUGAUAAUAGCUAAAUUAGCCCUAGGGUUUUCAGAUUUGAAGCUCUGGGUGCCAACCAGUCAAGGCAGACACCUCAGCCGUCGUCGUCGGCAGGUGGAAUAUGGUUCUUUCUACGGCCUAGUCCGCCUAAUUAUCACUCGCUUCAGUAUCUCCCACAAGCCCAAAUGGACUUCGUCAGCCGCCACACAGUCAAUUCUUCCGACCCCCACCUGCCUCCGCCCUCAUCAUCUUCUUCAUCUUCGUCCGUCCCACCCGAAGAGCCGGAGUACUUGGCUCGUUAUAUGGUUAUUAAGCACUCAUGGCGUGGCCGUUACAAGAGAAUUCUAUGUAUUUCGACUUACUCUAUUGUUACUUUGGAUCCCGGGACCUUAUCUGUGACAAAUUCGUAUGAUGUGGGUAGUGAUUUUGAAGGUGCUACACCGAUCACUGGGAGGGACGAGAAUUCUAGUGAGUUUAAUUUAAGUUUACGGACAGAUGGCCGUGGGAAAUUCAAGGCUAUUAAGUUCUCAUCAAUUUACAGGGCAAGCAUAUUAUCUGAACUGCAUAGAAUAAGGUGGAACAGGCUUCCCACUGUGGCAGAGUUCCCGGUUCUUCAUUUGCGUCGGAGGACCUCAGAAUGGGUCCCAUUUAAAAUGAAAGUUACACAUGUCGGAGUUGAAGUUCUAGAAUUGAAGUCUGGAGACCUCCGUUGGUGCUUAGAUUUCAGAGAUAUGAAUUCUCCUGCGAUAAUUCUUCUCUCUGAUGCUUAUGGGAAGAAAAAUGUAGAUAACGGAGGAUUUAUUCUUUGUCCUUUAUAUGGAAGAAAAUCCAAAGCUUUCCAGGCUGCUUCAGGGACUUCAAAUGCUGUCAUUAUAUCAAAUUUAACUAAAACAGCGAAGUCUAUAGUUGGUUUGUCAUUAGCUGUUGACAGCUCUCAAUCACUCUACGUCACAGAUUAUUUGAGGCUAAGAGCUAAGGAGGCUGUUGGGGCAGAAGAAACUCCUCUCGGUGUUUGGUCGGUGACAAGAUUGCGAACUUCUGGACGUGGAACACAACAUUCUGCCGGAUUGAGUUUGGCACUUGGUCCAAAAGGUGGACUCGGUGAAGGUGGUGAUGCUGUAUCUCGUCAACUCAUUCUUACCAAAAUCUCACUUAUUGAAAGGCGCCCAGAAAACUAUGAAGCUGUUAUUGUUCGUCCUUUAUCUGCCGUUAGUGCUCUUGUUCGGUUUGCUGAGGAGCCUCAGAUGUUUGCCAUUGAAUUUAAUGAUGGAUGUCCUAUCCAUGUUUAUGCUAGCACUUCUCGUGAUAAUUUACUUGCAGCUGCUCGGGAUGUUUUGCAAACUGAAGUUCAAUGUCCAGUGCCUGUAUUACCAAGGCUAACUAUGCCUGGUCAUUUGAUCGAUCCUCCUUGUGGCAGAGUACAUUUACAAUCUCCACAACAGCCACAACGUGCUGUUGCCGAUAUGGAAAGUGCAACCAUGCAUUUGAAACACUUGGCAGCAGCUGCUAAAGAUGCUGUGGCUGAAGGAGGUUCCAUUCCUGGAUCAAGAGCUAAAUUAUGGCGCAGAAUAAGAGAAUUUAAUGCAUGUAUUCCAUUUGGUGGAGUGCCUCCUAAUAUUGAUGUACCGGAGGUGACUUUGAUGGCCUUGAUUACAUUGCUUCCCGCUGCUCCUAACCUUCCUCCAGAAUCACCGCCCUUGCCGCCACCUUCACCUAAAGCAGCUGCUACAGUGAUGGGUUUCGUUGCUUGCUUACGCAGGUUGCUGUCUUCAAGAAGUGCUGCCUCACAUGUGAUGUCUUUCCCUGCUGCUGUUGGAAGAAUUAUGGGUCUGCUUAGAAACGGCUCCCAGGGAGUGGCUUCUGGAACGGCGGGACUUGUUGCCGUACUUAUUGGUGGUGGCCCAGGGGAUUCAAAUAUAUUAAGAGACACAAAAGGAGAACAACAUGCAACAAUCAUGCACACGAAAUCUGUAUUAUUUACUGAACCCAGUAAUCUAAUUAUCCUUGUCAACAGAUUAAAGCCGAUUUCUGCUUCACCAUUAUUGUCAAUGUCCGUUGUUGAAGUUCUUGAAGCAAUGAUAUGUGAACCACACAGUGAAACAACCCAAUAUACCGUUUUUGUUGAGUUAUUGCGCCUUGUAGCUGGGUUACGCCGUCGCUUGUUUGCGUUGUUUGGACAUCCAGCAGAAAGUAUUCGGGAAACUGUGGCCGUAAUUAUGCGUACAAUAGCUGAAGAAGAUGCUGUUGCAGCAGAAUCAAUGCGUGAUGCUGCUUUACGUGAUGGUGCGCUACUGAGGCAUCUUUUGCAUGCAUUUUACCUUCCUGCUGGUGAGCGACAGGAUGUUAGCCGACAACUUGUGGCUCUGUGGGCGGAUUCUUAUCAACCUGCUCUUGAUUUGUUAUCUAGAGUUCUCCCACCUGGGCUGGUUGCAUAUUUGCACACACGUUCUGAUGGAAUUUCAGCAGAAGAUACAUCUUAUCAGGAAGGUUCCUUAAUGAGUAGAAGACGGAAGCGUUUACUUCAACGGAAAAGGAACCGUUCUGGAAAAGCAAUAUCAUCUCAAGGACAGGUUACAUCUUCUGUUAGUAAUGUUGAAGCUAGUGAUCAAGCACAACCGGCAAAUACUUAUGCAUUCCAAGGGUCAGAUGGUUACCAAAACCAUACAGGUGAAAAAUUUUCCGAGUUAUCUGUAGGGGUCCCACAAAAUGACCAGUCAGCAGCCAUUACUUCUCUUGAUAAUCCUCCCGUUAAUGCAUAUCAGUCGGUCGAAACAAAUGUUACAAGUUCAAUUGAUUCUGAUGUUAGCUCAUCUGAUCCCCAGAAUGCUGGUCUUCCUGCUCCGGCCCAGGUAGUGACUGAGAAUGGAAGUGUGGGAUGUGGAGGAUUACUGUUGAAUUGGCAUGAUUUUUGGAGAGCUUUUGGUCUCGAUCACAACCGUGCAGACUUGAUCUGGAAUGAGCGUACUAGGCAGGAGUUAAGAGAGGCUUUGCAGACUGAGGUUAAUAAACUGGAUUUUGAGAAGGAACGGACUGAAGAUAUUGUCCCUGGAGUUACAUCUACAGAGUCUCUGACUGGACAAGAAAGUGUGUCUCAGAUAUCAUGGAACUACACUGAAUUUUUUGUAAGGUAUCCUAGCUUGGCUAAAGAAGUCUGUGUGGGUCAAUAUUAUUUGCGUCUGCUACUUGAGAGUGGCAGCAGCAGAAGGGCACAGGACUUUCCACUGCGUGACCCUGUUGCAUUCUUUAGAGCACUUUAUCAUCGAUUCCUGUGUGAUGCAGACACUGGGCUGACUGUAGAUGGCGCUGUUCCUGAUGAAAUGGGUGCCUCUGAUGAUUGGUGUGAUAUGGGAAGGUUAGAUGGUUUUGGAGGAGGAGGUGGAUCUUCUGUUAGGGAGCUCUGUGCGAGGGCAAUGGCAAUUGUAUACGAGCAACAUUACAAUGUAAUAGGGCCAUUUGAAGGCACUGCACAUGUUACGGUGCUCGUGGACCGGACUGAUGAUAGAGCUUUAAGGCACCGUCUUUUUCUUCUUUUGAAGGUUUUGAUGAAGGUUCUUUCAAAUAUAGAGGCAUGUGUCUUGGUUGGAGGCUGUGUUCUCGCUGUUGAUUUACUAACAGUAGUUCAUGAAGCUUCGGAAAGAACUGCUAUUCCUUUGCAGUCUAACUUAAUCGCUGCUACUGCUUUCAUGGAGCCUUUGAAGGAAUGGAUGUUUAUUAACAAGGAUAAUGUACAAGUUGGGCCAGUGGAAAAGGAUGCAAUUAGAAGAUUUUGGUCAAAGAAAGAAAUAGAUUGGACAACCAGAUGCUGGGCAUCUGGGAUGCCUGACUGGAAGAGACUAAGAGACAUAAGGGAGCUCCGAUGGGCAAUGGCUGUCCGAGUUCCUGUUCUUACCACUGUCCAGGUAGGAGAGGUGGCACUAUCCAUAUUACACAACAUGGUAGCUGCUCAUUCAGAUAUAGAUGAUGCUGGAGAGCUUGUGACUCCGACACCUAGAGUGAAAAGGAUCUUAUCAAGUCCACGUUGCCUUCCACAUAUAGCGCAGGCAAUGCUUUCUGGUGAACCAACCAUUGUUGAGAAUUCUGCUGCUUUGUUGAAGGCUGUUAUUACGAGGAAUCCCAAGGCGAUGAUAAGAUUGUACAGUACAGGCGUGUUUUAUUUUGCCCUGGCAUAUCCUGGUUCUAAUCUUCUUUCGAUCGCUCAACUCUUCUCAGUGACUCAUGUUCAUCAAGCUUUUCAUGGUGGUGAGGAAGCUGCAGUUUCCUCUUCUUUACCUUUGGCAAAACGCAGUGUUUUAGGUGGCCUGUUACCCGAGUCUUUACUCUAUGUACUGGAACGUAGUGGUCCCACUGCAUUUGCAGCAGCAAUGGUUUCUGAUUCUGAUACUCCUGAGAUUAUAUGGACGCACAAGAUGCGAGCAGAAAAUCUAAUCCGCCAGGUUAUGCAGCAUCUUGGUGAUUUUCCACAGAAAUUGUCCCAGCAUUGUCACUCUUUAUAUGAUUAUGCUCCAAUGCCACCAGUGACGUAUCCAGAGCUGAAAGAUGAAAUGUGGUGUCACCGCUAUUACCUUAGAAACUUAUGUGACGAGAUUAGAUUUCCUAAUUGGCCUAUCGUUGAACAUGUUGAGUUCUUGCAAUCAUUGCUAAUAAUGUGGCGCGAAGAGUUAACACGAAGACCAAUGGAUCUUUCUGAAGAAGCAGCUUGCAGGAUACUGGAGAUUUCACUUGAAGAUGUAUCAAGAGAUGAUGCCCCUAAAAAACAAAAUUCUGAAGUGAUUGAGGGGAUUCCUAACAUAUCAAAGCAGAUUGAAUAUAUUGAUGAAGAAAAGCUCAAGAGGCAGUAUAGGAAACUUGCAAUGAAGUAUCAUCCUGACAAAAAUCCUGAAGGAAGAGAGAAGUUUCUUGCAGUGCAGAAAGCUUAUGAGCGCUUGCAGGUAACUAUGCAAGGGCUUCAAGGCCCCCAGCCUUGGAGGUUGUUGCUUUUGUUGAAAGGCCAAUGCAUACUUUAUAGGCGAUAUGGGGACGUACUGAAGCCGUUCAAAUAUGCUGGAUAUCCAAUGUUGUUGAAUACAAUUACAGUGGACAAAGAUGACAACAAUUUUCUUUCCUCUGAUCGAACACCUCUUCUUGUUGCAGCCUCAGAGCUUGUUUGGUUGACCUGUGCUUCUUCUUCGCUGAAUGGUGAAGAGCUUGUGAGAGAUGAUGGAAUACCACUACUUGCAACUCUUCUUACACGUUGCAUGUGUGUGGUCCAACCAACAACUCCUGCUACCGAACCAUCCACCAUCAUUGUUACCAAUGUCAUGCGAACCUUCUCUGUUUUGAGUCUGUUUGAUAGUGCCAGAACUGAGAUGCUUGAAUUUUCUGGUCUGGUUGAGGAUAUUGUGCAUUGUACUGAACUUGAGCUUGUGGAUGAUGCUGUUGAUGCUGCACUUCAGACUAUAGCUCAUGUUUCUGUAUCCUCUGAAUUUCAAGAUGCCUUACUAAAGGCUGGCGUGCUGUGGUACCUUAUACCACUAUUGCUUCAGUAUGAUUCUACUGCUGAGGAAUCAGAUAAGACACAGGCUCAUGGUGUUGGAACAAGUGUUCAGAUUGCAAAAAAUUUACAUGCUGUACAGGCAUCUCACUCCUUGUCAAGGCUUAGUGGUCUGGACACCAGUGACAAUCCUGCGCCCUAUAAUCAGGUUGCAGCUGAUGCCCUUAGAUCUUUGCUAACACCUAAACUUGCGAGUAUGCUGAAAGAUACACUACCCAAAGAUCUCUUAUCCAAAUUAAACUCAAGUUUGGAGACUCCUGAGAUAAUCUGGAACUCCUCAAUCCGAGCAGAACUAUUGAAAUUUGUGGACCAGCAGCGUGCAAACAAAGGUCCAGAUGGAUCAUAUGACCUAAAUGAGUCGCAUUCCUUUAUAUAUGAAGCAUUAUUGAAGGAACUUUAUAUUGGCAACGUAUACUUGAGAGUUUAUAAUGAUCAACCAGAUUUCGAAAUUAGUGAACCUGAGAUCUUCUGUAUUGCCCUUGUCGAUUUUAUAUCGCAUUUAGUUCAUGAUCGGCCUGCUGCAGAUUCAGGUAUUCACGUUAAUGGUGAUAUGACCACUGAAUCAUCUAUGGAGCAGCUUUCUUGUGAUGAUUCUUCUGAACCCAUUGAUAUGAAAAUCAUGGACAAGUCUGAACUUGAAUUGGUUAAGAGCCUUCAAUAUGCGCUGACUUCUCUUCAGCACUUAUUGACAAGUAAUCCCAACUUAGCCUCUAUGCUCUCCACAAAGGAAAAGUUACUGCCUCUUUUUGAAUGUUUCUCUCUUCCUGUUGCUUCAGCAAGCAACAUACCUCAGCUAUGUUUGAAUGUUCUGUCACGCUUGACAACAUAUGCUCCCUGCUUGGAGGCAAUGGUUGCGGAUGGUUCUAGUUUGCUUCUUUUAUUACAGAUGCUCCACUCAUCACCCAGCUGUCGUGAAGGAGCUCUUCAAGUUCUUUAUGCCUUGGCAAGCACACCGGAGCUUGCAUGGGCAGCAGCCAAACAUGGCGGGGUGGUCUACAUUCUUGAACUUCUGUUACCUUUGCAAGAAGAAAUUCCAUUGCAGCAAAGAGCAGCUGCUGCUUCAUUACUAGGGAAACUUGUUGGGCAGCCUAUGCAUGGGCCUAGGGUGGCAAUAACUCUUACUAGAUUUCUGCCAGAUGGCCUUGUGUCGGUCAUCAGAUAUGGUCCUGGUGAAAUGGUUGUGAGCGCUCUUGAACAAACAACAGAGACUCCAGAACUUGUAUGGACACCAGCAAUGGCUGCCUCACUUUCCGCACAAAUUGCAACAAUGGCUUCUGAUUUAUAUGGUGAACAGAUGAAAGGGCGUGUUGUUGAUUGGGAUGUCCCCGAACAGGCAUCCAGCCAACAGGAAAUGAAAGAUGAGCCUCAGGUUGGGGGAAUAUAUGUUAGGUUAUUCCUGAAAGAUCCUAAAUUCCCACUUAGAAAUCCAAAGAAAUUUCUUGAGGGGCUGCUGGAUCAGUAUCUUUCUUCGAUUGCUGCUACACAUUUUGAUGGCCAAGCUAUUGACAUUGAACUUCCUUUGCUACUUUCUGCUGCACUGGUUUCUUUACUGAGGGUAUACCCUGCUCUUGCGGAUCACGUUGGAUAUCUUGGUUAUAUACCCAAACUUGUGUCUGCAGUAGCUUAUGAAGGAAGAAGAGAAACAAUGGCCUCAGAAGAUAUGAGGACUAAUGAUUCUGAUCAAACCUAUGAAGCUGAGGAUGGAUCAAUACAGCAUACUACGCAAACUCCGCAGGAGCGUGUGCGCCUUAGUUGUUUACGUGUCCUACAUCAACUUGCAGCUAGUACCACAUGUGCAGAAGCUAUGGCGGCAACUAGUGCAGGGACUCCCCAGGUGGUUCCACUUCUGAUGAAAGCUAUUGGUUGGCAAGGUGGAAGUAUCCUUGCUCUCGAGACCUUGAAGCGAGUUGUAGUUGCGGGAAAUCGAGCAAGAGAUGCUCUAGUUGGCCAGGGUCUUAAGGUUGGCCUCGUUGAUGUUCUUCUUGGCCUUCUUGAUUGGAGAGCUGGGGGAAGAAAUGGAUUUUCUUCGCAGAUGAACUGGAAUGAGUCAGAAGCAUCAAUUAGCCGAGUUCUUGCAGUUGAGGUUCUACAUGCAUUUGCAACAGAAGGGGCCCACUGUACCAAAGUGCGUGACAUACUAAAUUCCUCUGAUGUUUGGAGUGCUUAUAAAGAUCAGAAACACGAUCUUUUUCUUCCUUCAAAUGCUCAAACUUCAGCGGCUGGCGUUGCUGGUCUAAUUGAAAGUUCCUCGUCCAGGAUGACUUAUUCGCUGACGGCUCCACCCCCACAACCUAGUCAGUCAAUACCUCCUUCCCCAGUCACAUCAGAUUCAAAUGAAAAGCUGGAUCAGAGAUGAUGUAUGCGCCUUACUCAAUAAAGUUUGUUCUUUUGAACCAGAUUAAUUUAAGAGAGUGUUCUGCUCCAAGGAAAGUUUCACUUCAUGAUAUGCCUUCAGGGCCACAUUUUUCUUCUUCUUCAUCUUAACUUGUGUAUAGGAUAUUGUACAGCUUUUGUGGGUGUAUAGUAGACGUCAAAUUUUGUAAAAGUUAUUUUGCUAUGCAUAUACGUGUGAUGGAGGUGAGUUUGAUGGGUUCAUGGUUCAUCCAUUUUGCUGGUUGUGUUACUUUAUGCUGGUGGUUUCUGAUU